AUGAAUCGGACUUUUCUACCAGACCGAGCUCACUUGGCAUUGGCACUUGCCAUUGUCAAGGACAAGCCUCCAGAAACCGAACUGAAAGAUUACAUCUCCCGGAUCAGAAAGUUCAUCAAAUCCCAAAAGGAAUUGAAUAUGUCUUGCCCAGAAAAGUUCUUUGACAGUGUCAACUUCUGGAAAUCCGCUUACGAGAAGUCGGAGGCCGAGCACGCUAAGUUGCUCAACGCCAUGUACGACUUGGAACAGCGCAACUUGAGUCUUCUUGCCAAAACAAAACUGACCACCUCUGGCGACAAUACGGCCAUUCCAUUUUCAACCAAACGCAAAGCGUCCGGCGCGCUUGAGCCUGUCGUUCCAUCCAGGAUCAACAGCAAACGAGCGCGGUCCAACUUCCCCAAGAACCCUUCACAAAAGAGCACCGGUGGCGAACAAGAGAAUGCAGAGUCUACACAUGAUGAGAAACGAACGACUUCAUUUAUGCGGCAAAUCUGUAACAUGCAGCGGGCCCUGCAAAAAAGACGAAAUGAAAAGAACAUUGCAACCAACGCCGUGAUACUGUGCAAAGAAGCAGAACACUCUUUUCUUGACCUCAUACAACUCGAAGUCAAUUUGAAAUGCCAACAUAUUCCAGAGAACUCCGUCACUACAGAGAGAAAAAGCACCAGUGUUGUUUUUGAAGGUGUGGAACUUGCUUUUCAUCUUGCAUACCGAGCGCUCCACAAAAAUUCCAACACAGGCGAUACACCUGGGCAGGGCAAAGGUCAAAUCAUUUACUAUAUCGUGUGUCUUUUUGAGUCGAUCACGAUUGGUCUUACUCAGUAUUGCACGGCCAUAUCCAAGCCCAGAAUUGAAAUCGAAAAGCCCGACCAGCUUCCAAAGUCAGCUCCUACUCAAGCCAGAAGAUCCAAGACAGAGAAAAGAGUCCGGACAAUCACCAAUCCUCAUGUUCCAGCAAAAGGAGAAGAUAAAGUUCCUCAAGAAUUGACCGAGCUCCUAUGCAGAAUUGCGAUGUCACUGGAUCUGACCAAAGAAGAUGACCAGAAAGUCAUGGAGGGAUUUCUCUUCAUCGUCCUCGGCCGAGUCGGUAAGAUGUUGGCUCUUUUCGUCUUUAAAGACCUUCAGUUACCAUACGAAGUUUGUCCAGAAAUGAAACCACCCGAAGGACUCGCCUCAAUGCACCAGGAAGGUAUAUCACCGGAUAUUGGGAAAUACGAAGCGAGCUAUCUUGUCAAAUUGCUCAAGGGCUUAUUCCUCAACGAGGCAUCCUCCACACCCGAGUACUCGGCCACAAAAGCACAGUUUGUCCGGGAGGUGAAGAUUAAACUCCAGAAGACUCUUCUACAAGCAAUAUUUGGGAUGGAUGAGCCGCUAUUCCAGGAUGGCUUGAAACGUCCAGCCACGCCGCCACCCCAAGAUUGCGAUAGCAAUGGAGGUGAAAAUAUCUCUUUUUCAGAAUGGUUUACACAGGAGCUAUGGUCUUUAGUGGGAUGGGAUAUGCUGAACAGCAUUGUGGAACAUCAUUGA